AUGGUGGAAUUUCUUCUCCAGAAUGGCGCAGAAAUAGGCAUGCAGACGUUUAAUCUGAAGCAACGACCAAUUCAUUUCGCAGCUAAAAAUGAUUCCCGAGAAUGUUUAACAACUCUUCUAGCAUAUGGCGCUGACAUCAAUUCUCUUGAUAGUAAAAAUAGGACUCCAUUACAGUUUGCAGCAGAGACGAACCGAGAAAAUGUUGCUGUUUAUCUUAUCAAUGAAGGUGCUAGUUCUGCCAUUUACGAUAAGAAUGGCAAUUCAGCAUUAACCAUACUCAUUGAAAAAAUGCCACAAGUUGCAGUGAAAGCUCUUGAUCAAUUUCAUUACACAGACACUGUGAAUCGCCGCGAGUUCUUCUCACUUCAUUCUUUGGAAGGGAACAAAAUAAAGGCAAGCGAGGGAAUGGUUGCUUCACGAACGCCUUUUGAAGUCGCUGUUCAAAAACGUUGUUUCACCAUCGUUAUGCAUCCAGUGUUUUUAAGGUCAAUUGAUUUGAAAUGGGCACAAUUUGGCAGGUCUGCUGCGAUAUUUGAUCUCAUUUUGAGUCUCAUUUACACAUCACUAUGGACUGUGGUUUGUUUCACAAUGCGCUACAAGCCAGGUGAUAUGUACUUCCCUUUGAAAUCACGGGGUUGGCUUUUUGCUGUAGUGACAAUGAUUGUCAUUAUGACUGCAUAUAAGAUUCGAAAGCAUUUUAAAGACAUACUUCAUGUUCGUCAACAAGAGAGAAGCCGUAUGAUUUAUCGAGCACAAAGUGUUGAGAAAGAUCUCGAUUAUUGCCAGCUGGAAGGAACAGAAGAAUGGGAAUAUUCAAAAAAAGAAAUGACUUCAGACAUUGUUAAAUGUUCUUUCCUCUUUGUCAUAUUAUUUAUACCUUAUACAUGUGCAUUUUGGUUAUGCUUUGGUUUUUAUUCACCAAAUCCCGUAACUGGUUACAGUCACUUAGGUGAUUUAUUAUAUUCAAUGAUUGCUAUGGUUGUUGGAGUGGAUUUUCCCAUGGAUAAACUACUUUCAGCUGAUGCAUUUAUGGCUCAACUUCUGUGCAGUACUUUCAUCAUCAGUACUGCAAUAAUUGUUGUGAAUAUCCUUAUUGCCAUUCUGUCGCAUACAUUUACACGUCUGUAUAGCAACGCCGUGGAAAAUGCUGUAAUGCAAAGAGCGAGAGGAAUUUUAAAACUGGAGAAAACGAUGGGGAAAAAUUCUCAGCAAAAAUUUUACAACUAUAUGAGAGAACACUGUAGUCCACAAGUUACAGAAAUGGACGCUGAAUUUCAAUCAGGGAAUUAUAAAAAGGAUGACAGUUCAUCUGCGGUUAUGGAAAGAACUGACAGAGCUUUGAUGAAAGAAGUACUUAGACAAAAUCUUGAGAACACUGUGAAAAUUGAUCGCAUCCUAAAAACACUGAUUGAAACGCAUGUAGAUGGAAGGAAGUUUAACGACUGUUUAUCCGAAAGCGAAUAUACAUCAGAGUUUGUGGAGAUUUGUAAAAAACUUUCUGAUUCUCAAAAUCCGUUGAUUCAUAAUGAAGACUUCGUUAGACCUGGCGAUCUGAGUAUGAUGAAAAUGAUUAAAAAUAGGAUAAAUCGCUCCAAUAAAAAGUCCAGCAAAAAAAGUCAACAAUCUGAUUCAUCUCUCCGAAGUGUUAUUAAUUCUGAUAGAAAACAAAUGCGCAUAAGCUCUAGAAGAAUCCACCACUUUAGAAGAACACAGACUCCAAUACAACGAACAAAUCAAAUUGGCUCAUUCAGUAGCAACGGUAGUGUCACUAUUUGACGCGUGUUUAUUUUGUACUUUUCGUUAAUCCUCUUUAAAGGUUAGAAAACAUUUUAUUAUCCCGUGAGAGACAUUAAUUAAUCUACAAUUAUUAAUUAUGAAGUAUAAGGGUAACUAUAGCAACUGUUUCACACCUUGUAUAAAUGGCCAAUGGCCCAAUACGGUUAAAAUUUGCUUUUAAAACUAUAGAAAUGUGUUGUGUAACAUUUUGACAAAACCGAAUGCAUUUUCCAAUUCUAGCUGAGUCUUAAACCAAUUAAAAUUUUUUCAUACUUUGAAAUUUGAUUUCUAAAUUAGGCAAUGUGCUCUGACAGACAUUACGUCGGGACUUUCGUCUCAUUAAUGUAAUGCAUUAACUGUGAAAAAAAAUAAAUAUUUCUAGCUUUCCGUAUUAUAACCCACGUAGCAUGAACAAAAUUCAAGAGUAAUUCAUACAUUUAUAUUUCUAAUCCUCACCUGACUAACAUUGGUAUUAUAAAGAAAAAACUAACUUUUAGUAAAUUCUUCAUGAUCAGUGUAAA